UUUGAAAAUAUACAUAACAAAUAUGGCGGACGGAGACAUUCGGAAAUCGAUUGCUGUAAACCAAAAAAGUAUCUUGACAACGAUCUCACCAGCCUCUUCUCAACAUUGACAAGGAAUUUUGAUUCAUAUAACGACUGUUAAAAGCGAAUAUAUUGGUAUAAAGUGGUUUUCCUCCAUUGCGAUCUUAUAGAUGAACUAUAAUAAUUUAUGAAGUAAAGGUAAAAAUCAAUUUAGAACUGGUUGCGUCAAUCAAACAUUUAUUUUAUUUGCCCAAUUAUUUUUUAAAUGGUUAUUUCUCUACAUCUCAGAAUCGAUAGGAAAAAGGUGUAACUACUUGUGCGUGCUGGUGAAGAUUGAGAUAUGAAUUAUUGCUAGAUGUGUAGUCUAUGAUCGGGCCAUGCUCUAAAGGAAGCACACCAACCAAAAAUGCCAUCGACUCUUCCGGUUCUCGACAGUCACAGCUCUGAAUACGCCGACGGCGACUCCUCCAGCUAUUCAGAGGACACCGCCCCGAAUGUCACACUCGCCUUCAUCGGCUGCCCGUCCAGCCACACGGAAAUCUCCUUAGAUUUCGAGACGCCGGACCCCAUACGCGCCCAUUCGUCCAGCGAGGUGUUUCACGAACACGAGCAGAGGAGAAAGCCUGGCCAAGAGCAACGGGAGAAUGUGGGAUCUACAGAGAAAGAGGUCCCCGUUGCUGGUGGUGCGCCCCUGCUCGAGAUGCUUAACGAUACCGAUACUGAUAUAGCACUUUUGGAGAACAUUGCUGCGCAUGACGCCGACACACCUCUCAGAAGUGGGCCUGAGGCUUGGUCCGCCGAGAAGUGCGUUACAUCCGAGGAUUUGAACGUGAUGAAAGAUCCUCAAAAAAUCAAUGGAGCACGGCAGCCCCUUUACAAUCCAUUAGAACGAGGAGACGCCCCGUGCCGCUUGUGUACACCAGGGCGAACAUCCCCGAUCCCGCUCGUUAAUGAUGGCAAGAAAGGCGGAAGGUCCCCGAGAAAGAUGUCCGGCCACUCGAAGAGAAAUCCAUCGGUUUCUCCGUGUGACGCGUGGCAGAGAAAGAGAUCCAACGAAAGGUCGGGCGAGGGUAAAACGUCCCAGAAGGUGAGGGGCGGUGUAAGGGUUCACAAAAGUCAAACAGAAGGGCGCCAUGCGGACGAUGCUGGGGCGGGCCCUAUGAACUUUCCUACCGUGGACCAGGUUCGAGUGGCGCGCGCGCCGAAGAAGCCCCCGCCGGGGACGCGAGCCAAGGCCCAGGGAGAUAUGGAGCCGUCGGAUAAGGAAAUCGGGGGGCUCGCCGAACGUCAGAAUGACAGCAUUGACGUUGAUCUGACGCACGCGGGCGACAUGGACACUGACAUGGCGGUAGCCGCGGCGUCUAAACCCAACCCGCCACCCGGCACGAAACAGCAGUCCAGGGGACACCCCAACAUCGAUAAGAUGUUCAAGGACGUUCUGCGGAUCCUCAUCGAGCAAAGCGGGCCGAAGAGUGAGUCCGGUGUCACCUCGAUUUACGACGACCCCGCCGACAGCAAACCGUUCAGUUUCAAGUCAACGGGGAUCUGCUCGUUUGGUUUCCAGGCGGAAACAAGCAAAUCAAACAACGCAUGCGCUCUGAGCGACGCGGUCGUUUCGGACGAGGGCAGUGACGGCACGGAUACUGACGAGCCGGCGAGCGAGAUGUGUGAGACGAGCACCUGUUUCUGGCCUCAGUCUCAAUCACAUCGGUGCGACACCGACCCAAACCGGGUUGCCCAGGAACACGACGAUAUCGUGCGCCACAACAAGAACUGCCACCAUUGCUUCGACGAUGAGGAGGAGUGGGAGAAAAGCGAUCCUCAGCCGCCGUCAGACAGCGACUCGUGCGAAGUCACUGACGACGGGGAAGACAGCAGGCAGGAAGACGUGGCGCAACCGUCGAGGGAAAAUUUGGAAAUCUGUCGUCGAGCUGUGCAGCUGAAGGCCGAGAACUUUCAGGAGCGGGUGUCGGCCAUUGCAGAGUCGAGCAGGUCGAAUACGAUUAGAGAAAAGAGUCUUGCGGGGCUUCAAGGGGGUGAGGGUGAGAUGGACGGGGAGACGGAUAUCGUGGAAGACGCUCAUCGGAACGCGAACCGGGACCCGAGCAGCCGAGCAUUAAUUAAGCAGAGGCCAGUGGCUCCUGAGCGUGUGACGCUGUCCAGAUAUAGGAAGGACAAAUGCCUUAAAAGUUCCAAUCUUGAGAAUGCGCACAAUAACUGUGAGAAUUAUUUGAGCACAAAUACUUCAAUUAAGCUGGAAGGUCAAUCAAAGGUAAACCCUGGUACCUUCAUUGGGUCUGGGCCAGGUGAAGUCAGUUCGUUGCGGGACACGUCGGUGGGCACGACAAAAUCUCAGCGGCAGAGGAUAGGGCCGACUGAAAAUCUAUCUGAAGACAAUAUCGAGAUUAUUGUAACUCCACCUUCACCGAAAUACCCGACUCCUGUCACGGACAGUGAGGUCACAGACAGUUUAAAAGAUGGCCCCAGCAACCUGAAGGUCCCCUUGGAGUCUUACGCCCCCUUAACAAAACGUCCCAAGAGGCUGUCCGUUGACGACCAGGAACAGGAGGACAUUGAACUGACGCUGGACAACACGAGCGAGGAGACGUCUCUGCUGAAAGCCCUGACCGAUGCAAACGAUAGUAAAAGUUAUGCCGAGUCCCCUCCUUUCACCGAGGGCCAGUCCAGGCAAGGGAUACUCUCGGCGUGCCUCGAGAAAGCCCGGGCAGUGAUUAAGAAAGUCAGGGCGCGUUCAGUGAGUCCGGUGAAGCUGUUCUCUAAACUGAAUAGAUUCUUGUCGAAGGACAAAGAGGACGUCCCGCCCAUGAAAUCCUUGUCCGAGCUUUACGACGCGGGGGAGAGCCACGAGCCGUGCAGGUUGAUCAUUCACAAAUCGAGACUUGUCGAAUUUCAGGCCAUAACGACGCGGACGCACAGAGAGGGGAGAGCACGCGUGGAAGAAUCGAGUCCAUCUACUGACCAGCAGCAGCCCGGGGACGCCCACCCGCCCAUCUUCUGUUUGAGCGUUAGAAACUCUUCCGGCGUCAAGAUGUCGACCAUGCGUAUCCCACGGUACGACCCGUUCAGGACGCCGAAGCGAACGUCCAUCGGCGAGGACACGAGGCUGAGAAAUCCUUGCUCGCCGGCGCUGCAAGGUCAUCGACCUAUACCAGUCCAAGGAAGGGUGUUAGAAUCGAACGCCCUCUCGUGUGCCGUACGGGGUACACUGUUGGCACCCGCUAAUAAUGACUCGGACCGUCUCCAGGCCUCCAACGCUGAAAUGGAGUUUCAAGAGUACAACCACAGGAGAUCUGCAUUCAGACAGUAUCGGGAAAACAAUGGAUCCCCUUGCCCGCAGUCCGUGGUUCUUGCUGUGGACCCGCGAGAAACUACCUCAGGCAAAUUUGAGAGUGAUCCGACGGAAUGCAUUGUGAAAACGGCGACGCGGUCAGAGGCGGCUGUCACAAGACAAGAUUUCGGACACGUUGAGGCGGCGGCGGUCAACACGAGAGAGCAGCAGUGCGUGGUGAUAGAAGGCAACGAAGCGGAGUGGAAUCUGAUCGUCCAGGGAAGCCUGUCCUGGUCAGACCUCAGAGAGAAUGAGGAGGUUUCCACCCACGAGGACGUCUCGUCCUCUGCCCCGAUUAAGACCCACAGUUUGCUGAACGUCAGCGAGACGGCGCACACCGAGUCCUGUGUGAAUGACGUAAUGGCGAUCAUCUCACAAGAGGUCAACAUCAAGAGAUAUCCCAGCUUCCCCGACCUCACCGAUCUCAACGACGACGAUCCGGGAUCAGCAGCCGGGCGCGAGUUAGCAGCCUCGUCGAGUCCUCUGCCUGAUAUCGAAUUCGAAAACGACGCCACAUUGCCGGGACUCAUCGACAGCGAUACGAGCCCACUGCACAUAAAAACGGAACAGUCCCCGAUUUCCGCCGCAGAGGUCGAGAUGUUGAAGAUUUCCCAGAGGCGGCGGGAGGCCAGCGAUAAACUAUCGGAAGAAGAAGGCUAUGAGAAACUCACACCGCCAAACUCACCACAUCUAGGGGCGCCGAGCUCUGGCGUGCAAGUCCAAACGAUGGUUUCCCUGCUGGAGUCGUGUAGCAUGCUGUGUGGCGAGACGGACGCUGCGCCGAGUAGAAAUUCCUCCACCGUCAACGCCACUCCUCACGCACACCCGGAAAAGCUGUCGAAAGUCGUGUGCUCCACCCUGGAUGUUCAGAGAGCAGUGGCCGUUGUGAACCAGCCGAGCCUCGAAUCGGAGCCGACGUCCUUUACGAGCUCCUCCGCGAACGAGCAAGAGAUGAAAUUAAUGCACCUACCCUCGCCACCCAGCUCCUCGCCCAGCCAUAGCAGCUGUUCUCAGAGAGAUGUUUCAACAGAACGUGCGCAGGCGGAUUUAAUGUACGCCGAAUCGACGUCAAAAGCUGUGGCUCAACACCACGUCGCCCCAUAUAGUUGCGCAGCCAAUCUCGAGGGUUUGAGAGCAGCGCUAACACUGGACUACAACAUCCUGGCGGACGAGACGUCGUCCGCUUGCGGAAAUGUCAACACAUUGUCAGAGCAGAGGGUCCUCCUGGACGAAAGCGACGUCUCGCAGCUUUCGCAGUUCGUCUCCAGCUCAGAGGCGAUCCCCAAAGUUCAUUCGGGUACUUCUAUACAGGGGCUGGUAAGUCUUGGGGCCGCUGUGGAGUUAACAAGUGCCGACAUCGGUACUCGGGCAUCGUUCGAAGCGAUGCCGACUAUCGACACAAAGUCUUUGGCAGUGCCCAACGAGACCGUCGCCGCCUCGGGCGGGGAGGCGAUCGGCCAACCGACAAGCGCCAUUCUGCUCAAGGUGAAAACUUGCACUGUACAGAAUGAUUGCAUAUUUAAGAAAACCGAAAGUCCCGCCGACUCUUACGAAGAACUGAUCUUGGAGGAAGAGGAUAGUUUGUCGUCAAGUGGAAAAACGUCAUCACCAAAAUAUCGUGUACACCAGGGAGAGAAUUCCACCAAAGACACGCACCUGUCGUCCUCUGAAGAUGUUUACUGGCAAGAGGACGCUAGGCUAAAGCUGAGAGGUGAUUUCGACCGAUACCCUGUGAUGGCCCAGGGCGCCAGGUCACAAAGUGCCGAGAGGCCUCGUGAACACGGACCGUCUGAAGCUGCCCGCAGUCCGAUCUUGAGCACGGGCGAAAAUCAACGGACGCCGCUGCGGAGGAUCAAGUGGAGCACGCAUGCGUACGCCGAGGACGAGAGCGAGCAGCUUUCUCAGUCCAGCUCGUUCUCCGACAGGAGUGAGGAGUUCGGCAUCUCGGAGACCACGCUCAAGGAAACCAAGAGGGACGCAAGCCUUCUGGAAUCGCUCUCCGAGCACCACCCAAUCGUCCCGACGUGCGAGGUAAACGGACCGCCCAUCCAAGCGAACCCGAGGGUCGUGAAGAUUAAGAACAAGACCAAAAGAUCCACGUCGAUGAUCGACAAGAGCACGAAGAAGAAACCGGCGAACAAGUCGAAUCUGAACAACAACGUAUCGAUGCUGUCCGUAUUCGGGUUGGUGCCUCUACGAAAGAUCAUCAGCGGCAAGAGAAAUCGAUCGCCGAUGAGCAAAACCAACCAAGCACCGGUCGUUGUUCCUGACGGGGUCAACCUGGACCCCAAGUCGGACAUGAUGAAGAUAUCUUACGUCAUUACCCCGGUGUCACAGAUCAUCGGCGUGUCGUAUGCGGAUGAGAAGUCGGCGGGAAGCGAGGCUUUUGACCUUGAGUCCGAAUCAAAGGAUUACCAGCUCGACGUCAUCUUGCCCAGAGCCCUGGAGGGAGCAGAGAACGAGGGAAAUUGCCUCGAUGAGCUCGAACUCGAGAAGACUAGAAAAGACGCAGUGAAAUCAAAGCCUUGCCUUUACCUGUUGCCCCAAAAGGCGGGCACAUUCACUAGUGACCCCCGUAAGUCAAACACCAAGAAAUCCCUGGAAGUCCAGGAAAUCAAAACGAAACCAGCAAAUGCCAAGGACAAACCCGCAAUCAAUCGUGUCGGGGAAAUCGUUGCCCCUCCUCGAGUCACGCGCAAGAUAAUAGCCACCCACGACACCUACAGUGCACAGCGGGACUCCGCUAAGAACGAGUCCCCAAAGAGUGUAAAAGGAUCCCCGGAGUUUUCCUUUAGCCAGCCCGUUGCGUGCUCGCCCCGUCAGCACUGCCUGACGACGUCCUACUCACUGCCGCUGGUGGUCAAGAAGGGCUCGAACCCCGUGUACCACCAACAGCCGAGACUCGGACACGGGGUAAGACCCAGCCGGACCAUGACGACCCUGAACCGGCUCAGCGAGAGGAUCCAGCGCUCGGAGCUACAGGCGGCAAAGGGUUACGACUUCGUGGAGCGGUCCCACUUCCACAUGGAGCGCUGCGAGAAGCUGAUACGGCGGUCGUCGGAGAUCAUCAAGAAGUCCCAGCUGAUGGUCAGCAGCUCCAAGAAGAGGAUGGAGGACACGGCCAAGAUCAUGAAUCUGAACUGCAAGAGAUAUUUCCUCUGUUGAGACGGUCACCUCUGCUGCUGAGAUGGCAUCCGCCUUCCUUUGAAUUCAUAGAGAAAAACAUUGUAAAACUUUUUUUUAUCAUUCUAAUCAAGGAGCAUUUUAUUUACCAACCAUAAUGACGGCGCGAUUUCAACUUAGUUUUGAAGAAUUUAAAAAAUUAACUUCUGAAGGAAUUUAAGGAAAAAAACAAACAAAUUCAGCCAUAUUGAGAUGAGCGAGUCCAGUAGCAGUAAAUAGCGUCAAAAUGUCUCAAAGCUAUCAGUUACUCUGCCGAUUCUGAGUAAGUCCUUGUUAAUAUGUAUUUGACCUCAUAUGUAUUAUGUCAGAUGGAGGUCAAGUACCCUUGUCAGAAGGGCCAAGCUCUAUGAAAACAUAGUGAUUCGAUGUCAAAUAUGGUGGGUACUUUAAAAAUAAGAGAAGAAGAAGAAGAAGAAAGCUUUGUUAGACGAGGGCGACUGUGUCUAACAUUCACGAAUUACUUUUAACAAUAACAAAAAACAUAUAUACCCUUCCAUCUACUUCCUUGCAGGCAGCAAAAUCAUGUACCACGAGGCAUUUAGCUGUCCGUUAAAACAAAGGGGAAACAUUUUUUUUUUAAAUAAAUGAUCCAAUGUUUUCUUAGGUGAGCCAACACCUUGAGAUUGUACUCACUGCAGCAAAAGAGCUCCCCUGUGCAUUGGUCAUGGCCGCGAGAUUUUUAAACACAGAUACAUUACGCAAAGAUAUCCACACACAAAAAAAACAACCAGAUCGAG